UUUUGGUUAGAUUAGCGGGACAACUUGUAGUUAGCGUUGAUUGCUUUUUGAUUGAAAACUUGACUUACUAGAAAAAUUGACUGGAAAAUUGAUUAAAAUGAACUCUGUAGAUAUAUCUGACUCUCAAUACGAUUUGUUAUCAAACGAGCAAUUCAUUGGAAAAUUACGCGAUGGAAGACUGGGUAAGCACAUUUCGCCUCUCAAAGUUUUCUCGCCUUAUGAACUUGCGUCUCCGGUAAAAAAGGUUUACGGGGACAGGUUUAUUCCGCUAAGAACGUCGCCUCAUUCGGUGAACUUAAUCCGUCAUAGGGUUUCUUCCGGUUCACCUCAAAGCGAGAGGUCUCCUAAAACUCCAAGUUCGAGUUCAACGCAUGCUACAAAAUUGUCGCCUUAUCAAGUGAUUUUGUCUGAGCAGUUAUUGGAAACAAAGAACGAGCGAAAGGUGAAACGAACUCUCUUUAGCACGCCAAAAGUGUUCAACUUCAACUCCGAGACAAUUACCGAAGACCAUGAAAAUUUCGACCCCGAUAAUUCGAAGUAUUCAGUCGAAAAUUUACAAAUGUCUACUCCUAGCUCAAGAUACCUGUCAUCAAUUACCGAUGAUCAGUCACCCAAGAUAACGAGAUCCCCGGUUCGAAUCCUGGACGCACCGAGUUUGCAAAACGACUUCUACCUCAACAUUCUGGAUUACUCUUCGCAAAAUGUGAUUGGAUUGGUUCUGGGCGAUUUUGUGUACUUGUGGAGUGAAGGAAAAAGUUGGCCGCUGUUCAACGCGAGUUCUCUCGGACUUAGUCCGACGUCCCUGUCGUUUAACGAGGACGGUCGGAUCCUUGCAAUGGGAACCAAUAGUGGUGCCGUGCAAACGAGAGACCUUCGCUCAAACACCGACAAGCCUUUGCUGAGUCAAAAAAUGCACAAGAAUAGAGUUGGCGUUCUUUCGUGGAAGAAUGAUCUGCUGUUCUCGGGAUCAAAAUCAGGUCUGAUUUGCUGCAAAGAUGUAAGAAUGCCGAUGAAUAAAAAUGCUCGCGUGUUUACCUCUCACGUACAAGAAGUCUGCGGGUUGAAGUGUUACUUUGACGGGAGUUUGUUAGCAUCGGGAUGCAACGACAACAAGGUUCUGAUUUGGGACAUAGGAAGUGGAAAAGUUGUUCACUCUUUCGAUCACAAGGCGGCUGUGAGAGCUCUCAGUUGGAACCCUCACCGUCUGGGAACAUUGACGACGGGAGGGGGGACUAAUGACCAAACUGUGUACCACUGGAGCACCAUGACAGGACAGCUGGUUUCAAAGAACCAAGUGGGAUCCCAAAUCACUGGUGUGUUCUGGUGUAAACAUGCAAACUAUUACGUCACAACUCAAGGGUACUCUACAAACGAUAUAAUCGUGUGGGAUGGAGAGAAGAAUGAGAAGAUAGCGACCCUGGACGGUCACAGUUCAAGGGUCAUUUACGCUGCUUUGGCACCGAACAGUAGCACUCUGGUAACGGCUGCUGGACCUCCAUGCAGCACUCUGAAAUUUUGGAACGUGUUUCCGAAAAACGACUUAAGCAAAAGAAGUGUUCCGGAUUCAGCGCUAUAUCUUUUCCAAACUCGAUAAAGUCGAUUUAGUGGUGUUCAAAAAACUGAGGCGGCAACUUAAAAUUAUGCAAUUCCCUAAAUUUCAAUUCUAAAAUGUAACCAAUCUAGGAGCUCAGUAAGAGCUUGAAAGUACUUUAAAAAUGAUGGGAGAGUUUCAAAAUUAUGAUUUGGGUCCAAACUUUGAGUGCAGUAAAUUGGAAGCUAGAAUCUGAUUUAUGUUUUGAGAUAUGUUAUUGUUUAUUUAUUGAGAAAUGUUCUUGUUUAUGCAUAUCCUUUGCCUUGUUAGGUUAAUCUUUUCUGUUUAGUGCAGUAAUUAACCCCAAAAUUAUUCAAAAAGAACUUAUUUGUUGAGCAAAAAAUAAAAGUGCCUUACGAGUUCAUGGUUUCUUGUAAAUGCGGCAGUGUGCAUCAAAAUAUGAAACCCUGCCUAAAAUUAGAACCCAUGAAAGUUUAUUUUAGAUUAAAUAAAUUUGGUUUAAAAUGAUGUCUAAAUUGUUUUAGUU